AUGACUUUCAGGCUCUUUAAUUCAGUCUCAAAGAGACGCCUCGUUAGCGGAGGGACAGCAUUAGGGCUAGCUGCCUUCACAGUAGACUCCCUUUUUCGACGGACGUCUCUGCGACUAGACAACGGCAUUGCCUCGCCCGCUGAUGAGCAAUUUCACAUAUCCUCGGCUUUUCCUGUCCCAGCUGGCUAUGGCGGUAAGACAUUUCAGAUCAAAAACAACUAUCCACAAGUCGCUCCAACCAGUAUUGUUGAAUCAAAGAAGCCCUCUUGGCCAACGCUGCCCGCACCUGGAGAGCGUUCACCCUUACACGACAAUUAUCCUUGGCUUCGGAAGGAUUUCACAAACCCUGACCAAGCCUAUGAGUAUUGUGAGCUGGUCAAGGCUUAUUGCUGGGAGGGCAACGUGAACAAGGGAUUUCGAAUUUGCGAGAAUACUGUCCGGGAAUGGUUUCAUGCACCUUGGAUGCAUUAUGGUCCGACUGGAAGAGAGCCCAUCAAUGGCUUGACCUAUGAGCGUGCAAUACCGGCGCUCGAAUUCUCCAGAACCCAGACCGGCUAUCUUCAGAAUUGGGCUUGGGCUUCGGUUUUUGGUCAGGUGUGGAAGACCCCAAGUAAUCCACAGUGGACCAAAGACGUCAAAUUCCCCGAGGGUACAUGCGUAUUCAAGAUACUUCUCACGGAUGCGACGGACGAGGCGGUCCCUUCCCUCAAGGGAUCACCCUCACUGCCUGCAGUGAUCGCACCACAUACCGGAGACCCAGAUAAACCUCCGUUUCAGGCUCCAGUCAGAAACAACUUUGUCUCGGACCUGAGAUUGAUCCAGGUAGACUUUGCUGUACGUGAUGAGAGAGCCCCAAUCGGAUGGGUAUUUGGCACCUUCAUGUACGAUUCCGAAUCCAAAGAGAAGAAUGAUUGGGACCGUAUAAUCCCGGUCGGGUUAAUGUGGGGAAACGAUCCCAAUCUGAAUCAGGCAAUGCAUGAUGCUGGAAAUACGCCUAAAGAGUCCUGGAUCAAUCCAAGAGCUGAACAGAUCCGCAAAGACCUGGGUGGACGCAGACCAAGUUGGGGCUGGAAUGGACGAAUGAACGGCCCAGCACUCAUUGCGCUUUUACGUAUGAGCUAUGGAAGAAUAUUGGCAGCGACUCAAGCCAAGCCACAACGUCCAGAUCAGUACGCUAAAGACCUCCAAUCCAACCUCAGUCUACCCUGCUCUACUGAUGACAAUGCAGGCGAGCUUGUCGUCGAGCGCAAGCCCAAGAGGCGCUACAAACAUUUUGUUCAUCGAAGUCUUUCCUUAUUCGCCCUGUUGGUAGUUGCACUUGCUCUCAUCGGACUCAUCGAAUUUGCGUUGCGCGUUCUACCUCGCCUCGAUGUACCUUCACGCGACCAUUCCGUUGGCACUUCGAAGCGCUCACUUGGUCUAGCAAAUGGGCUCUUGAGACGCCAGGACUUUGGCGAUGAGGGCAAUGAUGAUUCUACCUUUGAUCCAGACGUGGGAACAAAUCCUUAUGCUCCUGCGCCAGCACAGGAGUCUUCUACUGACGAUAGCUUCCAAGUGGAUGGCAUUGAUGUAUCGUCUGACGGUGGUCGCACUACUAGCGCUCUUGAUGUCGGACCGGCGUCAUACCUGCAAAAAGAGCACCCGUCUACUGCAUCGCUCACGCCGCCUACACAGGCACCGAAAUCAACACCAGCGCCGACUCCAUCCUCAAUUCCUGAGAAUGUGAAUCCCUCAACAACUGAGGCAGGACCUUCACCGAGCACAGCUGUCUCACCUUCGCCAACAGCUCCAAAUCCAAUGACUCCGAGUCUUGAACCUCAGCAGCAAGAGCUUGUCCAACCUACAGCUGUCCAAUCUUCACAUGAGGCUGCAAGCCGGAAUGGUGGCCUUACAGAAGAUUCGCAGCCAGCUGCAUCCGCUUACGAGCCUUCUGCUUCCGUUCCAACAGUCGUUUCUCGUGGCCAGUCGUCAUCAGGUGGAUAUUCAGGAGCUCAGCCGUCUGCCACUGGGUCGAAGACAACGGGAAACGGGGUAGCGAAGAUUGUGUACACAACCAUCACCUCAACGUCUGGAUCAUCUGCGAUGAUUGUAGUGACUACAAUGAGCCAGCGGAGGGCUUCAAUUACCAGGGAUGGUUCCAGCAAAACUCCAUCACAGUCAGAUACCGCUCCUGCAGCUCAACAUACGGGCAAUACCACCCUUAUGGAAUCUGACAUACCGUUAACGUUUGUUGAACGCCCCGAAAACUACUUCUCUGCGGUCUAUUUACCAGUCCUGCUAGCCGUCGGCUUUCGUGUGCUGAUUGGGUACCUGUACACCGUCACGAAAAUGAUGGAGCCAUUUUCCUUCCUCAGCAAGCCUGGUGGCGCUUUGGCGAAAGACUUCCUCUGGAUCAAUUAUCUUUCAGCCAACGACAAUCUAGCCCCAAUCUACGCCAUGUUUUCUGGUCACUGGCUAAUGUUGUGGACUGCAAUUCUGUAUUUGGUGGUUGGGCUUCUGUCUCCUCUUGGAGCCGAAAUGUUUGGCAUUUACCCCAGCUUUCACAAGAUCGCCGUUGACACCGCUGUUGGUGGCCCAGCUAUAUGGAUCCAUACCAAGAUUGCAAGGCUCAUGCAGGGGUUGCUGUCAUUUGUCUGCGUAAUGUUGAUCAGUAUCUGGUUUCUCCUACGCGAAAACCAAAGUCACAUCUACGCCAACCCGUCAAGCAUCGCGAGCAUUGCCAGCCUCAUCCACCACUCUGAGACGGUCCUGGACUUCGCGCAUCAUGACCAGACUAUCCCGAAGCGUGAAAUGCUGCGCCAUCUCGAAGGCAAACGAUACCAUCUAGGCUCGUACCUAACCCCCGAUGGCUACGAACGCUACGGCAUCAUCCCAACUAGCGGCAUGAAUUAUUCCAACGAUAUCUCUCAAGCUUCGUCAACACAUACCGUCCCACCAAAACGCACCAAGUCCCUCACGCAAAUCCUCCUCCUUGCUCUCCUUUUCUUCACCACUACCGGCCUCCUAACCCUAAUAGCAGUCUACUACACCAACCACACCGACAACGCCUUCGAGCACUUCAUGGACACCCAAGGAUUCGGCCCCCGCUUCCUCCUCACCUGCGCCGGCCUCGUCAUAAAAUCCCAAUGGACGCGCCUUGAGCGCCAACGCGCAGUCCUCGAGCCUUUCCGACGCCUAGACUUCACCACGACCACCCCAGCGACUACCAACAACACCACCACCACGACGCCCACAUCUGCCAUCUGCGACUCACGAACCCUCAUCCCCCUCUCCACCCUCACCGCCGCCCUCCGCCGCCGCAACCCCUUCCUAGCCCUGAUAGCCCUCACAGCCAUCUUAGCUGAAGUCCUCAUCAUAGUCCUCCCCGGCAUCCCGUUUGACGCGGGGCAGAUCUGGCUCGCGAGUCGGAUCUCGCGGUUCAUGUGUUUUUCCAUCUUGGGGUUCAUGAUACUUUUGCUGGUAAUGGUGGUGGCGGUGUGGUGGACGGAGGAGAUUCCUUUGCCGAGGGAACCGAAUACGCUGGGCGCCAUGGCGAUGUGUGUUGCGGGCACGAGGAUGGGGGAGCAGAUUGCGGGGUUGGGGGUUGCUAGUGGGAGGGAGAUGAGGAGGGAGGUUGAGAGUUGGGGGAGUGAGAGGGUGGGGUUGAGGAGGGUUAGGAGAGGUGGUGGUGGAGGAAGGGUGGUUGUUGAUUUUGAUGAUGGGCAAGGAGAGGGGGUGUUUGAUUAUGCAUGA